UGUCGCGCAUGCGCAUUAAUAUGACGUCAUGAUGGUCGUACUGCCAGCAAAAAGGAAACACAUUCGAGAUAUUAUUAAAGACUGGCUGGCCUUUCAUUCACUAGAACGUCUGGAGCACUGGAAAGAGGAUCACUCGCUCGAUCACCGAUCACUGGACAGUGAUGGCUAGACACAUCGCGAAAUAUAAGAUACGACCGUUAGUGGCGUGUAUAGGUUAGUUUGUCGCGCCAACAUCGUCGAGGAUACUUUCGGCAAUUAGUGUUUUGCAUCGCGUGACCAUGUUCAAUUUCCUGAGAACUUCCACCUCGAUGCAGAAUAUUCGUAUCGUGUCGACCGCGCAGUGCUCGAUGCGAGUCUGCUCCUUUUGUAACUUUCAUCAUCUCAGAUCUUUCAAGCCAACAAGAUGUACGUUGCUUCGUCAUUAUGCAACAACUGAUACAGUAGAAUUAGACGCUCCUUGGAAGAAGAAGAUUAAGCGUCGCUCUAAGAAAUAUGCAGAGUUAUUGGAAGUAACAAAUCAAACAACCAACAGCAGAAAAGCAGCAGUUCGUAAGUUAAAUUCUGCUCAUGUGUCCAUAUUGGUUGGUCAACCUGAUGUGCCAUUGGAUAAACUACAUAAAAUCCCUAAUUUUUAUCUUGAUAAAAAGGCAAGCUCGACACAAGUGAAAGAUACCAAACCUGACUCUAAAGAAGAUUUAAUUUACACUAAAGACAAGGCAGAUAAUAUACAUUGCAAUAUACUUACGGAAUCUGACGAGUAUCUAAAAGACAAAUCUACUGUCGUGGAGGAUCUAAAAGAAUAUGCCAUGAACGAUAAUACUAUGUUGAUUAAGAACUCUUCUUUUUUGGAUACAUUGCAGAUUGAUAAAAAUGAUAACAAGGAUAAAAGUCAUGACGAUGUACUUACACAGAUAUCCAAGUACGACGAGAUUCCAAAUCCUUGUACCGCGAUAACCGUUGUGAAAAAAAAAGAUUACCAGGAAGAUUCUUUUUCUAGUCAAAACUUGAUAUUUCAAUUACGGGCGCACAUGGAUGUCUACAUACAGAUCCAAAUGCCGAGCAGGGCUUUCAAUUUGUUGAUGUUGAAUAAAAAUCAACUCAAGGGCAGUAAAAUUUCCGCUGUCGCAUUGUAUAAUUUGCUCCUAGAGACCUACGUUUUCAACGCGCGCCUAGAAAAAGCUUUCGAAAUAUAUAGACUAAUGAAAGUGCAAUCUGUCGAACCAAAUCCGCGGACGUACGCUUUCAUGUUGGAGAUGAUCGGAAGAAUGAAAAACGAAGAGAAACGAAUAGAGUAUGCGACAGAAAUGGUGGCGGACAUGAAUCGCAGAGACAUCUCCUUUGACGAUAUAAUGAAUACGCGGUUGAACACAGCGCAACGCGAUGCCAUUCUUCAAUGUAUUCAGUUCUUGAAUCCGCAAUAUCGUGUACAUUACAGAGACAUCGACAGCACAUACAACUGCAAAUUAUUACAGAAACUGAUGGUAGAGAGCAAUCGUCAGAGUCCGGCCAAAGGAGUAAUAGUCAUGAAUGAAUUGCGGGAUAUGGUGCGUACACAGAUCAAUAUGGAAAAGCAGUGCGAGCUAGAGGUGAAGAGUAUCGCUCCGUUCACCGGAGAUCCCAAUAUUAGACAACAAGCUAUCAACCGAAUCACAGAAUGGGAAAAAUCUUGGAAAUUAGUCGUGGCACAUGUUUUCGAGAGAAAUUUGGCUUAUCUAAAACAAAAGGAGUUGAUGGUGAAACCUGAUUUCAAAGCAUUACAUCCGUUUCUAGAAGUGCUGCCUAAGGAGGAGUACAUCAACGCGAUUCUACAUGAAAUUAACCAACUAGCCAGAUUCUCCGAUGCGUACAGCACUUCCACAACGAACUUGUAUAUAACACUAGGAAAAUACAUUUACAAAAAGUAUCAGUUUCAGCGAAAGAUGAAAGCUGGUGUCAUAGAAAACUCUAUUCAAAUCUACGAAAAAUAUUUGCAAUGGUACAUGCAGAAAAAACCCGUUGACCGUGUUAACGGGCGUAUUAAGUGGCAACAACUCGUUCAGAAAGCCAACCAAUCCGGCAUUUGCUCCGAAAUGACAGUGCCAGAGUGGCCUCGUAAUGUCUUGCUGAGCAUUGGAGAAUUUCUAUAUAAAAUAAUUCUAAAUGACGUGAAGAUUUCUCAUGUAUCCAAAUCUGACGCAUCCGAGCGACAGAUACCCGCAUUCUACUUGCUCUUCAGAAAACAAACCAAUCAUUUCUUGACAGAAGAGAUUAAGCCGCAUCCUUACUUACACAGAUUCUACAAAGACUCGCAUCCAGAAACGUUGACCUUUGAGACGAUUCUCUUGCCGACAUGCUCGCCGCCGCGUCCAUGGAUCGAUAUAAAUACCGGCGGCUACCUGUUUUCCAAGGCAAGCUUCAUUCGUGAUCCGUAUAUGACGCCGACGCUUUUGCUAAGAAAUACAUCGACGAGGCAAUUGUAUCCUGCACUCGAUUGCCUAAAUCAACUCGGUUCAAUUCCAUGGAAAAUCAACGUGCCGAUGCUGGAUAUUCUGAUCCAGAUCUUUCAAGAGGGAGGUUCGGAAAAACUGGAUGUACCUCAAUCACCUUCGGUGUUACCGUCUCUGUCCGAAAUAAUAUCAUCAAGUGACAUGGAUAAAAGUAAAAUAACGAAAAUGGCGCUACAACUCAGGCGCAGGAAAAACGAAAUGUAUUCGCUAUGGUGCGAUUGUCUCUAUAAAUUAUCCCUCGCUAAUCACUUUAGAGACAAGGUAUUUUGGUUGCCGCACAAUUUAGAUUUUAGAGGCAGAGCUUACCCGGUGCCACCUCAUCUUACUCAUCUCGCUUCGGACUUGGGUCGCUCGAUUCUCAUGUUCGCCCAAGGAAAACCUUUAGGUCCAAAGGGUCUGGAUUGGUUAAAGAUUCAUGCGAUAAACUUGACCGGUAUGAAGAAGAGAGAGCCGAUAGAUGAACGGUUAAAAUUCGCAAACGAGAUAUUGGACUUGAUUGUGGACAGCGCGAGAAAUCCAUUGACAGGAGAAAUGUGGUGGAUUAAGUCCGACGAACCGUGGCAGACUCUAGCGGCGUGCAAGGAGAUAAACAAUGCCUUGCAGUCUCCGAACGUUGAAAAGUAUGUCUGCAGAUUACCGAUUCACCAAGAUGGCAGCUGUAAUGGGUUGCAGCAUUAUGCCGCUCUCGGGAGGGACCAGAUUGGAGCGGAAAGCGUGAACUUGUAUCCCUCAGAUACGCCGCAGGAUGUAUAUAGUGUCGUUGCUAGUAAGGUUGAUGAAUAUAGAAAGAUUGACGCAGAGGCCGGCGAUGAAGUAGCUAAAGCUUUGGAAGGAUACGUCACGAGAAAAGUCAUCAAGCAGACAGUAAUGACCACAGUGUAUGGUGUUACAAAGUUCGGCGGUAGACUUCAAAUCGCUCGACAAUUGAGCGACUUGAAGGAGUUUAAUCAAGAUUAUACUUGGAACGGCAGUCUGUACUUGGUUGAGAGAACGUUUCAAGCCCUCCGAACUAUGUUCACGAGCGCGAAAGAGAUCCAGGAUUGGUUUACAGACUGUGCCCGUAUUAUCUCGACCAGAUGCAAUCAGUACGUGCAAUGGGUGACGCCGUUAGGUCUUCCUGUCCUACAACCCUACUUCAAACGUAUCAAGUCACCUAGUCAGAACAAACUCGUUAGAAAGCCGGAUACUUUAAAGCAAAAGAACGCCUUUCCGCCAAAUUUUAUUCAUUCAUUGGACUCCAGUCACAUGAUGCUGACAAGCUUGUAUUGCGAGCAAGCAGGGAUCACAUUUAUGUCGGUACACGAUUGUUUCUGGACGCAUGCAUGCACCGUAGACAUUAUGAACAGAAUUUGUCGAGAGCAAUUCAUCGCGCUUCACUGCGAGCCCAUUCUCGAAGAUUUGUCAGAGUUCCUUUAUAAGCGAUACGAAAAGAAUUUUAUAAGCAGCCAAAGGUUCGUAGAACAAAGAGACAACAAUUUUUCAUUGGAGGUUUUUAAAAAGCUGCCAAAAAAGGGUGACUUUGAUAUCAGCAAAGUCCAGUCAUCUCAAUACUUUUUUAGUUGAACUUUAGAUCAGUAGCUUUAUGUUUCCUCGAAACAUAAAUUUAUUUUCAAAUGUAUACAAUGCCUAUGAGCAUGUUACGAAUAUAAAUCUUUAAUUUAUGUUCUAAAUUUUUUGAAUAACAUAUGACUUGGUCUCAAAGGAUUACAUAUGUUAGUUAAAUAAAAUGUUGAAAUAUGUAAUAA